UUUCAUGCCUUUCUCUACCAAUACCAGAGCAGCCUCUGUCUACCAACACCCCCCCCCCACCCCCAAAACACCAGACCACGCCUCAUCUGCUCUCACAGCUUCUUCUUGCUACUUCUUCAUCUUUUUGCCAUCAUCUCCCAAUAUAUAAAUAACCGUUCAGCUGGGCAGCCCCUCAAGGCCACACUCCCGCAGUGAGUAAAAGAUUCCUCACGUGACUCAAUUCAACUCUGUGGUCUGAUUUCUCUGGAUCCUCGGGCGAUUAUCUCCAUACUUGAGACCACCGUUCUCUUUGGAGCUGAAAGCUAUGGAGCUAGCGUUUGCGACGUUGGUACUUGGAAUCUUGCUUGGGCUGCUCAUUGUUAUCCCUAUGAUGCGCAAUAAACCUGAUCAACCCCGAAAGCUCCAAGAGAAUGCUCAAACCAAGGCACCAAAAGCUUACAGUAAAGCAGAAGUUGCAUUGCAUAACAAGAGAACCGACUGUUGGAUCAUUAUUAAAGACAAGGUUUUUGAUGUUACCUCGUACGUAGAAGAGCACCCUGGUGGUGAUGCCAUCCUGGUGCAUGCUGGUGAUGAUUCUACUGAAGGUUUUUACGGGCCUCAACACGCUACUCGAGUAUUUGAGAUGAUUGGCGAUUUCUGCAUUGGAGAACUGGAAAAGUAAUCAACUCAGAACUUGUUUGUGCAACACUAGGCAUUAUUAGCCUUUUAUAAAUUCUUGAGCUCAUUUGCUCCUCCCUCCUGCCGAAGCAUUUCCAUCUAGUGGGUGCAUAUCAGCCGCACAUUUACUUCCAACUAGCUCAUUUGAUCAUCUACCCUCCACUACUCCAUAUUUGAAAGCAUUGGUCCAUAAAGUUUAGUGACCAAGUGGUGUUAUAGCUCUUGUUUAGGGAACCAUUUUUCUGAAUGCAUGGGAUGACAUUGCUUGAAAAUUGUUUCUGAUUUAGCCCACAGAUUUUGGGUUUAGUUAAGGGUGACUUUUGGAGUUUCUUUGGAAUGAAAUAUUUCUUGUGUUCUCUAGGGACUGCUGUACCAUAAUUUAGGUUUCUCAACUUUGUGAUAAAUAUAUUCCAUAAUUUCAUGUUUUCAA